GACAUAACGUGACGUUGACAUUGUAAUAGUGGGGUACGAAAAUACAAAAUAGAACUUAAUCACUGAAUAAAAUAUUUUGUCUGCCAUUUGAAUCAAUGUAAUAAUAUACUAUGUCACGGUAAUGCAUAUAAUCACAUUUAACCAUGUCUGAUGAAACUACAGAGGAACGUCAGGAUAAUGAACUAGCGGCUUUACAGGCUAUUUAUGGUGAUGAUGUAACCGACAACCGACAAAACUUGCCCUGGAAAAUAUGGAGACCUUUAGAUAUUAUGCUGAAGUUGAAUCCACUGCAUAACUCAGAUUUGAAGGAUGUGGAUUGCUAUAUCACCCUGCAUAUUGAAUGCUGUCCACUGUAUCCUGAUAGACCGCCAAAAAUAGCCAUAGACAAAAUUCAUGGAUUGUCCAUAGAGAAUGGGAAUAAAUUAUUAUCAGAACUGGUGACUUUGGCAUCUCAGCAUUGUGGAGAAGUUAUGAUCUUCGAAUUAGCCCAACAUGCUCAGCAAUUCCUCCAUGAUCAUCAUAAACCAAUAUUUUCUUUCCAUGAAGAAAGGUUGAUUCAUCAAAAAGAGAUGGAACAGCUGAAACAACAAGAUUUACAGAGCAAAACAAGUGAGGAGCGCCAAAAAAUGAAAGAUGAGAUAGAGAAACGCAAGGAAAUGCUCCGUGAUGCCGACAAAAGGGUACAUCGGUCGAGCACAAGCCAGGAGAAUAGCAACCACAGUCACGGCGACGCCCCAGAGCUGGUAUAUUACGCAGACAUUAAAUUGUCACCAACGAAGAAGACGCACAGAAUCAAAACGCAAGCUGUGUGCACGUGCAACUUGAAGCGAUUGCAAGUGCUCAGGAUCGCGCAAAGAAACAACAGAAAAGUCUACAUCGGCAACUGUUUAGGGCAUUCAUCCAAUGGUGCUACCACUUACCUAGCGAUAGACGAAACGGGUGAACGACUGAUCGCAAAGAAAUGGACCAUAUCCGCAGUAUCAGACUUUCAAACGAUUCAGCAUUACCAUCAGAUCAAGAACAUCAUACAGCAAGAGCUCAACAUCUUAUCCCGAUUAAAACACCAAUCUCUAGUGCCAUAUAUGUACAUGGAAACAGUGAAGGAAACCAAAAGACCUGAAAAGCAAUCGUACUAUGUGUUCAGAGAUUUUGUUAACGGAUGUUCGUUGAAAUAUCUUUUGAGUUUGUGUAAAUUCAGUGAUAAGUUUGAAGCGUUGAAACUGUUGAGGACAGUGGGUGUGGGGGUUUUUGAGGCUUUGAAGGAGCUACACAGUGUAAGUGUUAUGCAUAGAGAUUUGAGGAGCGAAAACGUGUUUGUGGACGUUUCUGGGGUAGUCAAGUUGGUCGGUGCCGGAUUAGAUGCGAGGCUGGCUGAGAUUCACGAAGGCGAUAGCUAUUGUAACAGACAAACUCAGGCGCAGGAUAUCUGCGCAGCAGCGCAACUACUUCUAUCCAUCCUUAGCCAUGAAGGAACCAUACACGAAGUUCCAACAGACCUACCAGGCACAGCCAAAGAUUUUUUCUCAAGAUGUUUAACCGAUGACGAACAUUCCCAAUGGACGGCGGAACAGUUGGUGAACCACAUAUUCCUCGUGGAUCAGCCAGUCCAACAAUCUAGCAGCAAACAGAAGGACGAAGGCAGCGGCUCCGAGGAUGAUGAGCAGGUGAAGAAGAUUUAUAACAUCAGCCCUCCGACGGAUGGUCAUUCGAGGUUAAAGGUUGAAUUCGAAGUCCUCACUUGGCUCGGAAAAGGUGCCUUCGGUGAUGUCGUUAAGGUCAGAAACAAACUGGACGACGGUUUCUACGCCAUAAAACGGAUCAAACUUAACCCCGAGAGCGUCCAACUAAACAAGAAGAUCACUAGAGAAGUCAAACUGCUCUCCCGUCUAAAUCAUGAGAACGUGGUGCGAUAUUAUAACGCGUGGAUAGAAUCUACCCUGGAAGCACCAGAGAACGAAGAAUCCAGCACUGUGAAGUCACCAACGAAGAAGAAACCCGGCGAUAGCCUAGAACAAGUCGUUGCCAAAUUAGGCGAAGUGAAAGUGGAAUGGUCUAUAUCAGAGAACGUAACCCAAGCCCGAUCGUCGGACAGCGAGGAUGAUGAUGAAGAAGAAGAUGAUGAUGAUGACGACGACUACGACGAUGAUGAUGAGCAGUUAUAUGUUAAAAGGGUCAGAUCCAUCAUGGGACCAGAUGAGUCGAGCAGCGGCAUAGAGUUCGAAGGUGGCUCCAAUCAAUCAGAGACAAUACCUUCAGAAGACGUCCCCGAUACUCCAAGACCACAAUCGGGCCGCUUACACCAAGUGUUAUUCAUACAAAUGGAGUUCUGCGAGAAACAUACCCUUCGUCAAGCCAUAGAUAGCGGAUUGUACCAAGAACAUUUUAGGGCUUGGAGGCUUUUCAGAGAAAUUGUGGAAGGAUUAGCCCAUGUUCACCAAAAGGGAAUGAUACACAGAGAUCUGAAGCCGGUCAACAUAUUUUUAGACUCCAAUGACCAUGUCAAGAUUGGCGAUUUUGGCUUGGCGACGAAGGCUUUGGGACUACCGGUUGAUGAAAAAGCCAAGCAACAAGAAGAAAUCGGAGGAUCUCUUACUGGUCAAGUCGGCACAGCUCUGUAUGUAGCCCCAGAGCUCCUACAAUCAGUAGGCAAGGUGAUAUACAACCAGAAAGUGGACAUUUACUCCCUCGGCAUAAUUCUCUUCGAAAUGUUCCACCCGCCGAUCAGUACUGGCACAGAGAGGAUCGUGGUGCUGACAGACUUGAGGAGCAAGGACAUCAUUAUGCCCAAAUCUUUUGAGACAGAAGAGAAUGCUAAACAAAUACAUGUCAUCAAAUGGUUACUGAAUCACAAUGCUAGCCUUAGGCCGACUUGUGUAGAACUUUUAGCAAGCGAGCAUGUACCGAGGCCUGUCCCAGAAGGAGCCUUAUCCGGAUUAUUAGCUCAUACGCUCAAUGAGCGAAAGGCUAGGGCUUAUCAGCGCCUCAUCGCGGCGUGCUUAGACCAAAGGCUGUCCGUGGCAGAAGACAUCACGUACCACGGUGAAGUCAAGACCAAACCUAUGGAUGUAUUGGAGUCGCUCAAGGAUAUUGUCGUUAGGGUAUUCAAAAGCCACGGUGCCAAAGAAUUCUGCCCGCCGCUGUUGAUGCCUCGCUCCAAGUGCUGGGACCAACAUCCGAACGCGGUCAAAGUGAUGACCGCUUCGGGCGCGGUAUGCCACUUACCUCACGACCUUAGGCUGCCGUUUGCCAGGCAUAUAGCGUACUCGGGCAUUAAAUACAUGCGUCGCUACAUAGUCGACACAGUUUACAGAGAGAAACACGUACUAGGCUUCCAUCCCAGAGAGAUUAUAGAGUGCGCCUUCGACAUCGUCACACCGAAGACUGAAUCCUUGUGGUCUGACGCGGAGUUGUUGAUGGUGGCGUAUCGUUGUGCCAGUUCCCUCAAAGUGAUAAUACACUUGAACCACACGGAACUGCUUAGAAUCCUGCUUUUAUCUUGCGGAGUGCCGUCGGACAAACAUGCAGAUUUAUACCCGGUACUGGUCGACGUCAGAUUCGGUCGCAUAACAAGUCUCCAGCUACAGACUCAUCUAACAUCCCUCUGUGUCACAAAACGUGACGUUUCCAAUUUGAUCCGUCUAAUGGAAGCCGAUGUGCCCGUAUACGAAGUUAAAGAACUCGUGACGUCGCUGGUGAAGCAAGCCAAGUGCGCCAAGAUAGUGAGGCAAGCCAUCACGGAACUUGAAGCGGUCUACAACAAUGCCAAAGCUUUGGGAUGCGAUUGUCCAAUGACAGUGGCGCCGUUUCUAGCGUACAACGCGACGCAGCACCGCGGUGUAUUCUGGCAGAUGUCCGUAGUGAGACAACGAGACCACAAACCGAACAAGUAUCGAUCCUGUGACGUCAUCGCAGCUGGAGGCAGGUAUGAUGUGCUGGUAGAAGAGUUCUGGAAGGUAGCGAACGAAGACACAGACUUGAAGUGUACCUCUGUCGGCUUUUCUCUCUCCUUGGAGAGGAUGGCGGCCAUUUUGAAGAAAAUGGAAACCGAAUUAAUGUCUCCUAUUAAAAGUCUUGAGUCUACUCUAGUAUGUGUAUGCGUUUGGGGAACGGCCGGUAACGGAAAAGACGGUCAUUUAGCCUCAAGCCGGGCUCAGUUAUUGAAGAGACUGUGGGCAGAAGAUGUGAACUGCUGUUCUUGGCCGUCCAGCAAUGUGGAUGCAUACGUCCACGAAAUAAGCAAAGCGGGAAUGGUUCUACUGCUAGAAGAUGCUGCUGUUAGAGUCAUGUGCUGGAACAACGAUAGAGUGCGGGAACACAAAGUAUCCUAUUUCGACGCGGUAGACUUCGUCAAGCAAAAGUUACAACCGGCUACAAUAAGAUCUCCUGAGGGUGUCAAUAACAGAACGAUCAGCUGCAACGAAAACGAUAAGUCGAGCAGCCCCAACAUUUCUGUCACUUUCAUCACUGCCAGUGAGAAAAUGACCAAGAACUCCAAGAGGAAUUGCGAAAAUCCAAUCAACACGCAGAUUACGUCGUUGCUAGUCAACUUGGGUCUACAGAGUGUAAUGGGCCGGAUUAAAGUGCACGUGCUUGCUCUGUCUUGCGAGGCUUCUUGUGUGCGAACGUUGGCGUCCCAUCUCACCGCACCGCUGCAUUCUGAUGACUUGGCAACCGCUUUCAAACCAGUCUUCAAUAGUUUCCCCAAGUGCCAGAAAAUUCUAGAAGAAGCUAUGAACCAGCUGGAAAUACUUGCCAAGCAAAGUAAUCAAAGUAGGUCAUCCGACGAGACGCAACUGUACGCUUUGUAUUCGAUACCAGACUCUCUAUGUCGACUUAUCACUUAGUAUUAGAUUUUUAUUUCUGUAACUAGCGCUACAAUUAAUCUAAUGACGCGAUUACACUUGGUCUUUAGCCCGAAUAAGAGUGCCAAUGGAAUUCGGGUAAAUGGCUAAGUGUAAAUGAACAGAGUCGAGUGCGCCCGUAUUCGGGUAGAUUUUCUUUUGUUCAUCCGACACCUUCUUCCAGCCCGUAUUCCAGUGUAAAUAUUGCUUCGGGUGCCCGAAUUCGAGUAAUGUCCUUCGUGCACCCGAAUACAGACUAAAUACCAAAUGUAAUUGUGGUAUAAAUUUAAAUAUAGGUACUGUGUUUGUAGUUUCCAUUAUUAUGGUUUUCAAGGAAUUGUGAGCGUUUUCGAAAUAGAACAGUUAUGUUUGAGCAGUUUUUUUUUUAUAAUUUAUUCACGACCAUGGAUACAAGUCCUUCAGUCGUAUAUUAAUCUUCUUUUUUUUACAUUAGAAUGUCGGUGUGACGCAUUCUAUUGUUUCUUGGAGUGUUUAGCACGAAAUGUAUGGAGUUGGUUUUUUCGAUAAGCUUCUGUGAGGUAUAGCCCAGUCGGAAUAAACAUGAGACCUAUUCUAAGACACCUGCGCUGAGCC